GGCGUUGCUUUCUCCGCCAGCAUGAAAACGAGGCGCCAAAACAAUAAAAAUGGCGACGAAACUGACAGUUGACGUUGACUCCAUCGAAAUAAUUGAAAAAGAUCAGCAGGAUGAUACUUACAGCUUUAAAGAGUGCAAAAAGAUUGGAAAACACUUUCUGGAUGAAUUGAAGGAAGCUAUUAAAGUCGACCAUUUGCCAGAUGUCGGAGAGCCUCGAGUUAAAGCGACGAAAUAUCUCGAGGAAACAGAAAUUUUACAACUUUUAGAAGACUUAAUUGCUAAGCUUGUCUUUAAAAGACCAGAAAAACCAAUAGACUUUCUAGUUAAAGAAAUGGAAGAGCUGAAGAGAAAGGGAACAGAAAAGAGCCAAGACAAUAAUACAGCUUACUGACAAAUUAUCUGUGAGAUUUUUAAAAUAUCAAAAGACUGCAUUAGACUGCGUUAGACUGCGUGGUGUAAUUAUCAUGUCGUUUAUAAAUUACAUAUUUUUUUACAAAAGGUUGAGAUUUUGAACUUUCUGAAAAAUAAAGUUGAGCAUGUCUGAAGAGAAUAAAUAUAUUUUAAAAUUUGAUUCCAGGGUCUCGAUUUAAGAAAAUCAAUAUUGUAACCAUAACAUCCAGCCAGUGAUACCAGUGUCAUGACAACCUCUUAGUUUUGCUUACCGGAGAGACAACAUUGUAACAUAAUAAUGCCAUCUCAAUUUUUACCUCAAAUGAUUGGUUCAAUAAUUGAAAUUGAUAUCAUGGCACUAAAAAGGUUUGCCCUUAUACACUUCAAAUUUCAAAACUAAGCCGUGGUGAAUCAUUAUUUCCAGUAUUUCCGCUAGAGCUCAAGAUCUUACACAAACCAUAAGUCUAUUUCAAAUAACCGUUGUCUGUUUAUGCUUUUUUUAUUUCUUUUCCUGGCUGAAAGGCAUCAGAGAUUCAACCAAAGCACUCCACUGUUUGCUGCUUUGUUUGAAUUUUUAUGUCUGAGAGACGUCCAGUCAGACACUGUCUAUAGUAUAGAUGCCCAUUGAAAAUGUUGAGGGAAUACCCCAGGGGGGUACUCGCAGUAUACAUGACAGGGGGGGUCCAAUGUAUAUUUUUGGGUUGAAAAUUUUCAUCCUUGGUAUAUUUUUGGGUCAAGAGAUCUGUCACAUAUUUUUUUUAGGCCUUAAAAAAUAUGCAUACUUUUUGGGUUUACAUAUCUCUGAGCAAAAUUUUUGUUGCAAUCAUGGGAUCAGAAAAUUAUUCAUUCAAACUUGGAGCACAAGGGAGGAUGAAGAGACAUUGACGGACAUACCAAUUUCAUUAGCUUAUUGAUGCAAAAUCAUGCAUAACUUAGAUCGAGAGUCUGUUUGAUUGAAUAAAUCAGUAUUGAGGUUUUGGGGGUUUUCUGGGUAGGAAAUUUUGAUGCCAGGUAUUUUUUCGGGUGUAAAAUUCCAGGCCCAUGUAUUUUUUGGGGUUCACAAUAUGAAGCUCUGUCGGACCCCCCAUAAUGUAUACUGUGAGUACCCCCUGGAGGGAAUACUCUCAUUAGUUAUUGGUACUUGGUACUUCUUAGUUCUAUCAAGCAGUUUAUUGAGAAAUUAGAAAGUUUAGUCUACAGUGAGGUACCAUUUACUGGAAAACUGAUCACUGGUAUAAAGGCAGUUUUAGAGUCUACCAUGCCAGGAGCUUACACCUGGAGUUACUGAAAGAAACUUACAUAGAUGGAAACAGUAACUAAAGCAUCUUUGAUAGCAACAUACUGUAACAAACUCUCGGGGGGGGGGUACUUUGGGAAUU